UAUAACCACCGUUCGUGGCCAUUUUCUUGCCCUUUUUUUGCCUAAUCAAGUCAUGAAAAUUAUAGGCUAUGUAUUGAAUUCACAAACGAAGUAUUAAUCAUCAAAACAGUAGGCCGGCCGAUCGAGUAGCGACUGAACAACAGAGAAAAGUGAACUUAUGAACUGACAUUGAAAGACAGUGAGCAAGCAAAGAUGACAGCGUCGUGUGUUUAUUUAGCGGCUGAUGCUUACAUGGUGUGCCUGACGCAUGCACUGUCCACAGAAAGAGAAGAAGUCAUGGGACUCUGCAUUGGAGAGAUUGACACCAACCGAGCGGUACACAUCGUGUCAGUCAUCAUGCUUCAGAGGUCCGACAAGAGAAAGGAUCGCGUCGAGAUAUCACCGGAACAGCUCUCGAUGGCAGCAUCCGAAGCUGAAAGUUUAGCCACACUGAUGGGUCGUCCCUUGAGAGUUAUAGGCUGGUACCACUCCCAUCCACACAUCACAGUCUGGCCGUCCCACGUUGAUGUCAGAACUCAGGCAUCCUAUCAGUUCCUAGAUGACGGUUUCAUCGGCCUCAUCUUCUCCUGCUUCAACGAAGAGAAAGAGACCCGGGCGGGGCAGAUUCAGGUCACAUGCUUCCAAUCGACCAAUCAGAGUCCAGAAGGAGAGCCUCCAAAUUAUGAUAGGCUGGAGAUCCCUCUGUUCAUCCUCCCUAAAGACACCAUUAGCUCAUCCUGCUUGGACGCACUGACUGAACUCCCUAAGAUCCUAUCGCAGGAGGAGCUCGAAGCCUACAACCACGCCGCUCACAACACACAGGGGUCAACGACAGAUUUCUUGACGACAAUUCACAAUGGAGCUGUUUACACCAAAUCGCUUUGCCACCUCAUGGACGUGCUCAGUGGCCCGCUCAUGCAGUGUUUGGAAAAUCGAUUAGAAAGGAACCAACACAAGUUGGAAUCGUUACGGCAACUGAAACGCAGCCUACAAACGCAGCUUCAGCAGUGAUGCUCGUACGUGUCUCAAUCUCAUGUAUAUCAACGAAUCCGGGCGCAGGAUCACCGUUCACUCACGAGGCCCCCUUCAAUGGAAAAACCAUUGUGCAUGCCAUUGUACAAAGCAACUGCUACGUGACAGAUUAUCUUAAUAAUAACUAGUACAAUGUUCUGCCAUGAUAGGGGGCCUCUGUGGUAGAAGUGAUGCAUGUACAUUAUACCUCUGGUAAAACAUGCAAAGGCAAUGCCUGGACGCAUGGGAUAUAGCCUGCAUUUUUUUUUUUGGCUUAUCAAUAAUUCCAACUUAUUAAUAAUUCCAAACCUGUGGUGGAAUGGAAUAAUAGAUUGUAACUAGAAUGCAGAUUAGGUCGCUUGAUUUGGACAGCGGGAUCUGUCCAAACGUGAAACAUUGACUCUUUCUACGGACCAUCAAUGCCUCAAAAAUUCACCGAACCGUGUCCAAUGAUUGGUACGCUAGUCUAUUGACUUUUCUUGUGAUUUUCAUGAACACCUCGCAUCAAUCAAGCAGAGAAUGCACCACCUACGUAAAGAUCAUCCUCACUAACAUUAAUAUAGAUUUUGGUACCAACAUUUACAGCUUCUUCGUUUUGCAUCAUUUAUCAAACAUUCCCGCGAUGAAAAACUCCUAGUUUGGCUUGCUUAUGAACCCAGGGGUGUGAAAUCUCAGCUUUAAAGCUGAUUUCAGCUUUUUUUGUUUUGGAUUUCAGCUUUUUCCCUCACUUGCUAUGUACAAAAGUAUAGGAGAUUUCCAAAGUUCAGCCUUUUUUUUUACCUUUUUCAGCUGUUUUCAGCUGUUUUUAUUAGCAGUCACUCACACCCCUGUAAACCUUAACUACCCAAGGUGUGUGAAAAAUCAUAUUAACAUUUGAGGAUAUAUGAGUCGUCUACAUGUACAAGCAAUUCUGGUAUCUUUCGGUUAUUUUUAGUUUGUAUUAUUUUAUAUCGAUACAGCUUUCCACUCUAGAUUAUUGUUUAAGUUGCCAACCCCGUUGUCCAGAAAUGUUGUUUCUCCUGAAGUUCGUAAUUCAGUCACAGUUUAUAUACUGAGGGGAUUAGGGGAUUAUGAGUCCCUUGAAAUAUGUCCACCCUAUCUGAACAUUUCUGUGGAAGAAUCCCUUAAAACAUUUCUCAUUCCCCAUAACAUCGGCGUACAAAUUAGGAGGUUUAGAGUAAGGAUGUUACGUUUAAACGUUUAAACAUUCUAUGUCCAAAUUUUCCAAAACGUUUAAAUGAAAUUAUUUACACAAUUUAAUUUACAAAACCUAAAAAGCACUGCAGUACUAGAUUACAUUCUGGGUAUAAGUUUGAAGUUUUAUCAUUUUCAGUGACUGCCCGCUAUUUAUUAUAUCAAUGAUUUUUGAUUUCUCGUUUCAAUCAUGAAAGGUCCACAUCUGCAGACAUAAUGUGCAGGCAUCGACCGUUGUGAAAUAGCUAAACAUCAAAUGCAGAGACAUAGAUUAGAUCCAAGCCCCAAAACAUGUAUAAUUGCAACAAAUAUAUAUUAAUGUCGGUAGUUAGCUAAUAAAGAGAAGUUUGAUAUAUUCAUGUAAUUUCAACGUCAGAAAUAUUGAAUAUGUGACAAUAAAGUAAUCAAACGACAUAAGC